AAAAGCAAGGCGUGAAGGUAGCCGGUCUGCCCUCUUGAAAGGAAAGCAGAAGGGCCCGGAUCUGACCGACUUGGAGGACAUGCUGGAUUUACUAGGCAAGGCUUCGGACCGUAGGUUGAUAGAUCAGUCGGUCAUUCUAGAUGGACCGAUAAAGGUGAGACUGGAGAAGGCCCGUCAACAAGACCGAGAACAACGCGACGCCUUCGUGGAGAAGCUUAUGCAGCACUCAGAGUCAGGUCGAUAUCACACUCAGGACGCAGUGCUGCAAGUCCCAAAAGUUCGAGAUUUGAAUGGUCUUGUAAGCUUACCGGAGUUUAUUCGGGAGUCCAUGCCGCAAGAAGCAAGGGUACUCGGAGUGGACGCCAUUGCACGAUCGUCGUCGGAAGUUUCGUCGCAGGCUUUAGCAAAUGAAGUUGCAGUUCGGAAGAAAGGAUCACGCAACCGAAGCAUGUCAGCACCAUCUUUGUCCUGGCUUCGCCCAUCCUCCAGAUCAGGACAUCCCGCAGAUUCAAAAACCAAGAAGAGUCCUAGCCGACCAGGCUCAUCUGGGAAAGGAUCCUCGAGGCAAGCUGCUUUGGAUAUUUCUUACAUUGCCGAACAUCAUGAAACACUGCAACACGUUCUGGUCUUCGUCUCGGUUGGGGGCCUGGCAUCGAACACCGAUCUCAGCGCAGAAGUGCUACCAACAGUAGAAAGUGGCACGGAAGGCGAUCUACUUAUCAUAAGGAAUGAUGCGGUAUCAUCGCCUCCACUUACUCUCCCUGCGCGCAUAGCUUCGGGUGUCCAAGAUAUUAAGCUGCGGAAUGAUUACUACGAGCUGAAGCUGAGCGUCGUUUCUACAUCCCGGUCCCAAUCCUACGACGACCGAACAUCCGCCCCGCUCAUGGAUGCGACUCAGUUAUCUUCUCUAAAGCCAACUAACUUUAUUUGCACUUCCUGCUCUCUUCCACUCGUGCAUUCAUCUGCCAUUGUAGAGUAUAAGGAUCUACCUUCAGAGCAUUGGGAAGAAUUAGUUGAUGCCUGGAUGUGCCAUACUGAUCAAACGCUACACGAGCAAAUUACCAAACAUGGUCGUGGAUUCUGGCCAGAACAGGGACAAGCACUGGUUGGUGGGAGUUACGUUCUCUUCGAAGACACAUCCGUAGUGAAAAGUACUAUAACGACAACGGAACGACCCAAGAGAGCCGAAGAUUGGCGUCUAGUUCGCUGCAUGUGUGGUGCCAUGGUUGGUCGAUGCCAAGAACGACAUGAAGAUGGUGGGGUCAUUACUAUGUAUCGCCUGCUGAAAUAUGCCAUCCGACCUGUUAGUCCUACCGCUAAACCACAAAGAGUACCACUAUCUGCGUUCAUCGUCGAGGAUAUGUCCGAAUAUGUUCAAGCUCAUGCUACUUAUCGAUUUGUGAUAUCAGAUGAGGAGGAUGAGCGGCCAAGGCUUUUAAUGUGGCUAUUCAAGCCGAGUAUUCGGCUAUCUUAUAUGUUACCUACUGAGUAUUUCUUGAAAAAGAAUGGGUCAAUACAUGCGGCCAAAGUUUUAUACAAGGUCAUUCGUCCAUCUACGAAAUCUACGGACUUGAAGGAUUUGUUGAACAAAUAUCCUGGAUUCCCUCAAGCAGAGUAUCUGUUUUAUCCCUUGGAUAUAUGUCGUCGGUUAGCGGGCCUGCUACGAGAGAGCACACGCUCUUAUCCGGAAAGUAUGAGAACUAUGACUGGGCUGGACGUAGGAUGGUUACAUCGUGCUUGAAUACAACAACAGAGGUUUACUCCAUUCUUCUUUAUUACCUGAUAUCUUGGGCGUGCUGCUCAUAAUGACUGUCACAGCCAUACAAACGGAUUUUUUUUCUAGAUCUUGCCAAUCAUCCUUUUACACACUAUCUCAUCGCCCAUAAUGUUAUAUUAGCAUAUGAAUUUGAAUGUUCGCCUGGGUUUUUUGU